AUGACCGACGCCCAGCCCGAAAUGAAGAUCGACCCGGCGAGAGCAAAGGCGCUCGUCUCGCAGCUGCAGGCCGUGCAGGAGCGCGUCGCCGCCGUGGCGGCCGGCCGGAACGUGAGUCCCCCGUUCCCCGGGGAGGGUCACACGAAUCCCGACUCCGCCCAAUGGGAACGCAGAACGCUGACGACAAACCCCAAGGUCCGGCUCGUCGCCGUGUCGAAGCUGAAGCCGGCCAACGACGUGCUGGCGCUGCACCAGGCCUCGCCGCCGCAGGUGCACUUUGGCGAGAACUACGCGCAGGAGCUGGGGCAGAAGGCGGAGAUGUUGCCGAGGAGCAUCCAGUGGCAUUUCAUCGGGGGGUUGCAGUCUACACACGCCAAGAAGAUCGCAAAGAUCCCCAACCUCUUCUGCGUCUCCUCCGUCGACACCCUCAAGAAGGCGCAGCUCCUCAACUCGGCCCGCGCCGACCUCGUCGCCUCGGACCCCUCCGCGGGGCCGCUCGGCGUGCACGUGCAGGUCAACACCUCGGGCGAGGAGUCCAAGUCGGGCGCGGCCCCCGGCGACGAGACGGUGGCGCUGUGCCGCGCCGUGGAGGCCGAGUGUCCGUCGCUGACGCUCCUGGGGCUGAUGACCAUCGGCGCGAUCGCGCGGAGCAGGGCAACGACGCCGGAGAACGAGAACGAGGACUUCUUGUGCCUGCGGGAGCAGCGCGACCUGGUGAGGAAGGAGCUCGGGCUCGAGAGGGAGCUGGAGCUGAGUAUGGGCAUGAGCGAGGACUUCGAGGGGGCGGUGAGGUUGGGGAGCGGGGAGGAGAUCGACCCGGACUUUUGGGCUCUCUUCGAGGAGUACGAUGCCGGCGUCGACAACGGAUUUCAGCAGCCUCAGCAGUACCUCGUUCCGGAGCAGCAGCAGAGCAUCCAGCAGCAAGUUCCCCUCGACAUCGCUCUGCCCACCGCGCCACAGACUUCUGCCUUCGCCUUCCAGUAUCCCAUCCCUGAGGAGCAGAGCAUCCAGCAGCAGCUUCCCUUCGGAGCCGCCCUGCCCACCGCACCGCAGAAUCCCGAAGCUGCCCUCGAGGCUUACACUGCCCCCCUCAGACCCAACAACAAGAACAACAAAGUAAAAAAGGAAAAGGGGCCAUCGAAAAGACCGGUGGGUAAGGACUCUUGUGACGCCUGCAAACGCAGCAAGGUUGGGUGCAUACGCAACGGGAGCGGCGAAUGCACACGCUGCGCCCAGAAGAAAUUGCCGUGCACGACCACUGGACGCGACAAACGUACCAACACGGCGGUCCGGGAAGCUUACAAAAACGCCUUCGAAGAAUGCUGCAAGUACCAGGCUGAGCUGCACACCGUUGCGGAGUGGUUAUGCAAAAGACUCCAGUUUGCGCCUACAGCGAUGGCCGCCAAGUCGCUGACCAUGCAUCUCGAUAUCGACGCCAGGCUUUAUAUGUGCUGCAACAGCCAGACACCCUCGAACCUCAUUCAGGAGGUAAAUCAGCUCAGAUUACCGCCUCGCAGGGAGGAUUCCAUCGUUCCUGCUUUGACGGAAUCCUUGAAGCUGAAAGAAAUGCGUCAAUGGUUCGACAAGCUCCAACAGAGAUUCCGUUUGGAAGUGGCUCUUCUUGCUAAGAUCUUGGUGGCCUUGACCGAUCAGAACGCCGAGGUCCGACAGAAUGGUUACGAGUUAUUCUCCGGCCUGUAUGCAAACGGUUACUACGAUUUCGCAGCGUCCGCCGCUGAGAUAUCGAUCGAUGACAAGUACGGUGUCAUCGACUUCCACACCAGAGCAGUCGACGACAUCAUCGCCAAGCAUAGGACGUAG